AUGCAGCACUUAGUCGCUUUUAUCUUUAUCACAAUUAUCAUCAGAUGUUCAAUGAUGACGACACAUGGCUUAGAACAAUGUCAAGUCCAGUCAGUAUCAAUAUACGGUUAUUACCUGACUGGUCACGUUAUUUAUACAAAAACUUGUGCAAGUCUCUCUGAAUGCGUGAUUUUGUGUUCGUAUGAGUUUCGUUGCAAGAGUUUCAAUUUUCGGUUAAUGGAUAAGUUAUGUGAAUUGAACGAUGCGGACAGAUUUACUUACCCAGUGGAUUAUGUGCCGAUGGAAGGAUUUCUGUAUAAGGACACUACCGAAAGGCAUAGAAAGGUCAGUUGUCAUUUGGCUAAUGUAAGGACUGUGCAAUAAUUACCUGGAGGAGGGGGGAAGGUUGGAAGAUUAGAGUGGGGCAUAGGAGAAAAUGACAGCAAGGUUAGGGGUGGUUAGAUGUGUGGAGAGGGGUGGUUAGAUGUAAAAUUUAAUACAUACGGGGGGUAUUACUUUUGCAUUCCUUUUCGCAAACUGGAAAAGUAGUGGAGGAGUUAUUAGAGUUCAAAUAUAAAUACUAACAUUGGAAUAAAACUGACAAAUUUAUCAACUUUAAGGUGUUCUGAUCUAUGAGCUGUUGUUUUCCUAUCUGUCAUGCAGUAGGAAAGGAAUGCCUUUGUUAUAUAUGUUAAAACGGUGCUACUUUAUUUGCACUAGGAUUUAAUAAAACAGGAAACUUUAAUUAAAAGCUGGAAAAGUAGCAGACUAUAAUGUUAUUCAAUGAAAAAGAAAGAUGCCAACGUUAGCGCACAUGGCAUCAUAAUUUAGCAGAAUGAAAAACCCAACUGUUGAAAUUUUAAUACAAAUUUAAAGUAUGGUAAAUAAAAUACAGUAUGAUUAAAUUGAGCUUCAAAAAAUUAAGCUCAAUCAGACAGGAAUUCCUGAGUUUUCACCCACGCACGCAGAAACCUUAGUGCCAGAGAUGCUGUGGAAGAUGAGGAAUCUCCCAAUUUAUGCGAAGACGACACAAGCUCAGAGUCCAGUGAUUCUGAUGACUCUUCAAAUGACUCUUCGACUCAUUUGAAGUGAUUUUUGUACCGGAGGAAGAAAUCCAACAAGUAAACUAGGUAUGAGAGAUUCAAUUGGAGGAAACUUUUUUCAAGGGAGGGGGUAGCCUUAAUAUUACCAUUAUGUGAGGGGGGGUUGAAAUUAAUUUUUGCUUAACGAGACGGGGGGCAUGACUUAGUUUUGGGGGCAUGUUUCACCCAUUUCCCAACCUCCCCGCCCCUCCAGGUAAUUAUUGCACAUUCCCUUAAUCCUUUAUAUUUGGGAAUAAUUUGUCAGAAAUAUCAUAUAAUUGUAUAGUUUUGCGUUUCCAAAAAGUCCGCUUUAUAAUUACAUGAAGGUCAGACGCAUCAAAAAUUAAAAUCAAAAACUAAACAGUUCGUCUCUUUCAACAACCACCUUUGAUUUUUUGUAGUGCAUGGUUGCACUGAACAUUUCGAUAUUGGAAGCGGUUGUGAGGGAUUUUUAGACUAUCCCCUUCAGAUUGCAAGGGUAUUUUUUUUGUCCAGGAUGGCUUUGAAUCCUAAAACCUUUGUCCAAUGCCAAUUAAAUGUUUCACUUUUUUCGGCAAAUUUGUAUUCAAAGCAUCCAGGCUAGAGGUAUUUUUACUUGUGUUGUAAAUUUUAUUACUAACAGCCCCUCAUGUCGCUUUCAUGGAUUUAUCAGCAUUUUGAUUCAGGUAGCUAUAAAUUAAAAUAAUGUUUACUUCCCACGGGUUAGUAUUUCAUUCCACUAGGUCAGUUGUUAUUUACAAAAUUUUGAUAAGUAUGGAUAGUUCAAUUUUCUCGCAGAAUCCUGGCUUCGGAUCUUGCGCCGAAAUUCUCCGGGAGUUCCCACAAGCUCAAAGCACCUACUACUGGCUGAAGAUCGGAGACAGAGAUGCCCAAGUGUAUUGUGAUAUGGGAAAGUACGGUACGUGUACAAGUAAAUGCACAUCAAAAAUUUAAUAUCAGCAAUACCUUAAUACCAACCUACCUGAUUUACAGAUAAUUGCGAGACGGCUGACUCUAAUUAGCCUGCUCAGAGCUAGACUCAAAAUUUUCUUUUCGUCUGUGGACAGGAUAGACUCUGGCAACGAAACCUUCGGAGUGUGGCAGGACCUAAUUGUUGCUGUUAUAAUUAAUCACAUGUUUAGCUAUAAUCAAUAAUUUGCGCAAAGAUAAACGUCUUUUUCACACAGCAAUACUAAUCAAGCAGACUCUUGUUCACUUACCUUCACUUUAACUCUAAUACCCAUUACCUGAAGAAAAACUUCUGUUUUGUAACCGAUAAAGAAAUGUUCCUUUUCUUACUUCAGUUUUUGUUGUUGUUCAGUUGUUGAUGUUUGCUUGGCUCUUUGUUUGUUCGUUAAUUAAUUUACUUUUCUUGUCCCAAUUUAUCUUUCCCGGGUAAUAUAGGGGGUGGAUGGACAUUGGUUGCAAGCAUUACCUCAACAAAUCAUCAUCAUUUGCAA